AUCAGGCUGGUCUUCAAUUCCCAGUUGGUCGCCUUCACCGUCUUCUUCGCCGUGGGCACUAUGCUGAUCGUGUAGGCUCAGGCGCGCCCGUUUAUCUAGCUGCUGUGCUCGAAUACCUCACUGCCGAAAUACUUGAACUCGCGGGUAAUGCAGCAAGGGAUAAUAAAAAAAUGAGGAUCAAUCCACGACAUUUGCAACUGGCCAUUAGGAACGAUGAAGAAUUGAACAAGUUGCUUGGACGUGUGACUAUAGCUCAGGGAGGAGUGCUGCCUAAUAUUCAUUCUGAUCUUUUGCCCAAGAAGAGUAAGAAAGGUGAAAACGAACACGACGAAAACCAUGUUCAAAACUAA